AGCCUCUCAACUUAUUAUUGUUUUUCUAUCAGAUACAGAACAAUGGCAGUAGUAACCAGAUUGACAUGGAGUGAGGAGAAGAGUCUGGAGAAGAUGCUUGGGAACGUGUCCUUGAGACUUCUUUAUAAGUCUAGUGUUCAUGAGAGUGACAUUCAUAGUAUGAAUGAAAAGUGCACUCAUCAGAGACCUACUGUAACAAUAAUUUACGUUGGUAACAUUGUUCUUGGGGUCUUUAUGCUUGGGGAUCAUCCUGAAGUGCAUGACAAUUUAAAAAGGGCCAAUCCUUCCUUCUAUUUUUCGUUUCAAAAGAAUGAUGUAACUGCAAUGAAAACUGCAGUUUUAGAAACAGAAACAAAAAUUAACUCUGGACGACUGGUCUGUUAUUCUUCUGGCCAAGAGGUGUUUUCUGUACAUCCAGGCGAAAGCAGCUUUUCGAUGAAUGAUUCAUUAAGGAGUACUUUACACAUACAUUUUCGUUUUAGCAGCAAGUAUUCGGAAUGUGAAGUUUUUCACGUUGAAGGAAUUGGGGAUGAUAUAAACUACAUAAGCAAGAUAACAGGAGCCACCAAGCACAGAAAUUCACUUCUACUCGAACUCAGAACCUACAAGCCCUGUGUAGACUUUGUUUCAGAAAUUCGUAUUCUCUUGCUGGGUCCAGUUGGGUCUGGAAAGUCUAGUUUUAUCAAUUCAGUGAAGUCUGUUUUCCAAGGCCGUCUGACUCGCCAAGCCACAGUGGGGUCUGAUGUCACCAGCAUUACUGAACAGUAUAGGAUAUAUCCUAUUAAAGAUGGGAGACAUGGCAAAUACCUGCCAUUUAGGUUGUGUGACUCCAUGGGUCUACAUGAGAAAGAAGGAGUAGGAUUGUGCAUGGAUGACAUACCCUACAUCUUAAAAGGCUGCAUGCCAGACAGAUAUCAGUUGAACCCCAGUAGACCAAUUACACCCAAUCAUCCUAACUUCAUUGCCUCUCCGUCACUGAAGGACAGGAUUCACUGUGUGGCUUAUGUCCUAGAUAUCAACUCUAUCAAUGAUUUCUCCUCUAAGAUGGUGGCAAAGUUCCAACAAAUUCAGAAAGAAGUCUUGAGCUAUGAUACAGCCUGUGUACUCUUGCUUACUAAAGCAACUAAUUGCGGUGAAUUUUUUCAAGGCAAUUUUUCAAACAUGGAUAAACCUAUGACUUUCCAGAGCCAGAUAAUGGAUGCCAGCAAAAUGUUAAAUGUUCCUAUUUAUAAUACAUUCGUGAUUGAAAAUUACACAUCAGAGUGGGAGCUGGACCCUGUAAAGGACACUCAGAUCCUCUUUGUGCUGAGGCAGAUGUUACGGGUAGCAGAGGACUUCUUUGAGGACUUGCUUUGAGGAAACAGAAGGGAAGACUGGAAGAGAAUAACAUGCUGGAGAGAAGAAAUGGACAUGAAGGAGGGAGAAUGUUUUACUUAUCUUUGGCUGAAGAUAUGAAUUUAAGCUAAUUAAAAAGAACAGAUAUUUCCUAAGGACUUACAUGUUAUUUCUGUAAAAAAA